GGUCGAUCCGUUCUUCGUCAACCAACCAGGAAAGAGGGUUUGCCAUGAUCUGGACUGAGGCGGAUGAGACCAGGAACCAUUGUUCUGCUCUUAAUCCGAGUCCAAGAAGAAAUUCGGGAGGUCUUUCAUGCGUCCAGCAAAACCGCACCUCAUUUUCAUGAGUUGCCGAUCGCAGAUGGUUGACACACUUAUCAAAAAAUUAGGAUUUAUUUAUAAAGCUAUCUUAUAAGGCUAGCUCUCUGUGUUUUCCCCCACUGUUCGUUUUCUGUAGCAACCACAACCCGAGGGCGAGAUCCAGGGCCGUGCAUUUUUUCCCUUUUGGUCAGCUGCUAAAUGGAAACAAAACGCGGAGCAGAAAGUGGAAACAGCCGAGGUAAUGAUCUCCCAGCCCGUUAUCUGCGGCUCUUGGCCCCGCCCUUGCAGCUCCUGUCAGCUGCAGUGUGGCAGGUUGUCCAGAAGGGACUCGUGGAUCACUAUGGGAUGCUGGAGGAGUUUGUUACCAUGGUGACAGAGCUGGUCCCAGAGCUGAUGAGCUACAGUCAGAGGGCUCAGCUCAUCCUGGGCCUCAGGGCCAGGUUGGUCCUGGAGCUCUGUCGAGGAGAUCACCCAGUGGACAUGCAGACCAUUCAGCCACAUCUGGACAGAAUAAAAGCUCCUGUCAGCACCGCCAAGGAUCACCACGUAACAAUAAACCAGGUGGAGGAGUCCGAGGUGAACUUUGUUGAGCUGGUGCACUCAUUACUCGAGGAUCCCUCUGAGAGAAAAUAUUUCUUCCAAGAAAUCUUCCCUGUGUAUUUCGGCCCGAAGUAUGACGCGGCCCUCGAGAUGCUGGUGUGGGAGUUUAUAUCAAGACUGGAGGAACUAAUGCCUGCUCCAGACUUCACACAGUUGGCAGCUUUGCUGACAGACGCUCCGUCAUAUCUUGACGACUGUUUACGAUCAUUUUUCCCACCAGAGGACAUGAAGGCUUUACUUGACCACCACAGGAGCCUAGGUCAUUUUGAAGAAAAAGAUCCAAGACUAUUACCGAUGGAUGACUGCAUCCUCUCCUCCCUCUCGCUGCCUCCCGGGACCAGACCUGUUAUUGACACCACCUCUCAGUCUCCUGCCCCACCUAAAGACUCAACCCCUCCAGUACAUCUUGGAGCUCCCAUCAACACCAGCACUCUGGAGAGUCCGAGCAUGAGGGUUUCUGACACGCUGAGACAGAAACUGAGGGAGGAACGGAAGUCCGGUGUUUGGCAGCUGCAGGUCAGGAACAUGAACAUUUCUCAGGAACGGAAAGCACAGAGCUCAUCACAACCAUGCAACGAAACCAUUGACCUCACAAUUUCCAACGAGGGAGGGGACUCCGAUUCAGAGGCCAGCGAGAGCCCCCACAGCUUGUUUGGCUCUCAGAGUGCAAAGAAGAGGAAGCUGAGUGAAGAUGUGGACGUUCCCAGGAAGCAAAAUGCAGAGGCUUCAGCUGUUCUGUAA